AUGGUUGUGGUUGAUUCGGAUAUGUUUAGAGCAUAUAUACGAAUGACCGUUGUCGAAUACGAAAACCUCCUUCUGCAAGUGGGUUCGAAGUUGAUAAGUGCUCCUACAAGACACGACCUCGUCACUCCGUCGCAGAAACUGAUGACCACACUAAGUUAUAGUAAAUAUACUAAAAUUGUUGUCCGGUUUCUUGCCACCGGAGAGAGUUUCGUGUCUCUGCGAGGUCAGUAUCACAUUGGUGUGGCCAUAAUUCAUGGCUUCAUUCCCAAAGUUCUAAAAGUCAUUUGGGAGACACUGCAACCAACUGUGCUGAAAAUGCCGAGCAAUUCCAAGGAUUGGCAAAAAGUUAUCGACGUUUAUUACAAAAAAUGGCAGUUUCCUCAUUGCUGGGGAGCUCUAGAUGGAAAGAAAAUUGUUAUAGAGGCAAUGCUUUAA